AUGCGCCACGAUCACGCUGGCUGGCCCCCCCGCCGAGCCCCCGGCGCCGCUGGCGCGCCCACGCCCGGCCUGCUCUUGCUGAGCGCACUGCUGCUCGCGGCGCUCGCCGCCGCGCUGCCGGCGACGCCCGCGGGCAUCCACUCGGAUCCCGCAGCAGCAAACGCAGCCGUCAGCAGCGGCGGCGGCAUACCAAAGCUGAUACACCAGUCGUGGAAGACCCGGGAGCUCCCACCCCAGUUCCAAUCGUAUGCG